GUCCACGUUUUGUGCAUAUCAGCAGGUAAAGUCCACGGUGCGAUCAUUUCUCCUAGUCCAUCAUCAUGGCGUCAUCAAGCAGACGUCGUGGAGAUUCCCCCCGUGCAAGGCUCUUCAUGAUACAAAACAGCAGGACUUGCAGCGUAACCAUCCAGUGUGGCGAUGGGUUGCGAAGGGCCAAUAGUACGGUCUGGCAGGAGGGGGUAACUUCCUCAUGCGAUGUCGCCUCUGCGAUGAGGUUUUCCCGGGAUCCAGAUCUAGGGCAGUGGAUCCCUUCACUAAGGUGAAGUCACAUUGCCCACAGCGGACCGGGGAGAUAUUGUGGAAUUUGCAGCGUUCAGGGGCGUUUUUGAAGGACCCCACGRCACAAAGGUUGGCUGCAGAGCAUGCACAACGGUUGGACGGAGAGUUAUCUGUCCAGGAUGUGCAUGGAGGUGAGGGACCUGAUCCGAGCAYUGCACAAACACAUCACGUGGUGGCAGGGGGUGGCGCAUGUGCAGACAGUGCAGGUGGGGAGGUGGAGCCGCACCAAGGACCUGCACAGUCUGUUGCGGUGGAGGCUGCCGGUGCUACACGGACUCCUCAGGGAGCGAGUUCAUCCAUGCAGGUCGCAGUUAGACAGGUGCGGCAGGGCAGGUUAGAUCCGUGGCCAGGGAACAAGGUGCAACGAGAUCUGGACCGUCUUCUGGCUCUCGCCAUGUAUCGAGGCGGCGUCUCCUUCAACUGGCUCMGACUGAAGGAGACAAAGGACUACUGGGACUAUAUCGUCACACUCUUGAGGCCGAGUAUUGUCCCUCUUUCGCGUUUGCUGACUUAUGAGGGGGUGAGUACGAGGAUGAUGGAUAUUAUCUACCACGAGGUAGCAACGCUGAUAGCCCCUAAAAAGGCUAAGUGGUCAGAGACAGGGUGCACAUUGAUGACAGACGGAGCGAUGGACCAGUGGAACAAGCCCAUAAUGAACUCCAUCGCAGCAGGGCAGUCUGGUCCGGUCCUCAUCCGCACCAUUGACAUGUCGAAUAGGGAGAAGACCGCCGCCAGCCUCGCGGACAUAUGGGAGGGGGUGAUUAGAGAUAUUGGAGUCGACCAGGUAAACGUCAUUUGCACUGACAACGCGGAGGUCAUGAAGGCCGCAGCAGCUACUCUACAGGCUCACCCGGACGCAGCGAUUGCACGCAUCCCUUGGGUCCCUUGUGCAGGGCAUUGCCUGAGCUUGCUGCCCAGAGACAUUGCUUCACAGGAUUGGGUAUCACCAAUCAUGAAGAGGGCUCACAAGAUUGUGAAGUUCUUGAGGAAUAAGCAAAGGGCAGCAGUGAUUCAUCGGGACAUGACACGCGCCUUAGAACUAACCCGGCCAGCUGACACACGAUUUGGGACAGCAUACAUGAUGCUGCAGAGGCUAUAUGCAUCGCAGUGGUGCUGGGAUCAAGUGAAAAGUUUGAUGGAUGUAAUGGAGCCCUGCUACACAUUCUUGAGGGAUAUGGAUAAGGAUGGGUCGUCUCCUCCUGGAUUGUGGGAUUUGAAGUCCAUGCUGGAGAGGAAGAUAGCUGCUAAGCAGCUGGAUGAGCAGCAGAGGACACUCGUCAUGGAGAGGGUUGUAGAUAGGUGCACCAUGAUGCAACAACCUGCACAUGGCGCAGCAUAUCUCCUAAACCCUCGCCGACGCAAUAUCUCUUUGUUGGCGGAUCGCGGGUCGCCGGUGGUGCAGAGCGCUCUUGAGCACUUUGCGCGUUGUUCGGGUGUGGAAUGGCAGGCAAACAUCAUGCAAGACUUGUGGCAUGACUUGUGGACUUUUCAUUGUGACGACCCUAGGUAUUGGCCGGUAGAGGGACCACAUUGGUGGGACGAGUUUGCCACAGGAGAUGCUGCUACUGAUGCGAUGCACCCAGCGUUGUGGUGGCACCUUCACGGCAGGGGUACUCCGAAGUUGCAAGUGAUAGCGAAGGCCGUGAUUGGCAUGUGGUCCACCGCGUCUCCAUGCGAGCGCAACUGGGCUACACACGACUUCGUUCACACGAAGAGGCGCAACAGGCUUACUUCGCAGAGCAUGGAGAAACUGGUUUUCAUCCACUGGAACUUGCAGCUUCUUAGUGCGAGUCGGAGGCCAGAAGGACGGUACAUCGAUAUAUGGGCAGACCAGCUGGAGGAUCCGCCUGUGGAGGUUGACAAUGGUGAUGUUGUGCCCGAUGAUGUAGACAUGGACGAGUGGGAGGCUGCAGCUCGAGCCAACCGCCACAAGGAGGGCAGAGAUCGCAUAGGAGCAGAGUGGGGCCUGGUGGACGAGGAGGCAGACAUGUCCCUUUGGCAGGAUGAUGUAUGGAUGCACCGGGAGAUGAUGGAGCAGGCCCAGGCAGAGAGGAACAAAGGGAAGACAGUUGUGGAGGAUCACCACGACGUCUUCGACGAGUGGGCGACCCCCGACCCCCACGGCGACCUCGACACUUACGUGGACGGUAGUUUCAAUUCUGUCAGGACUUUACGAGAGAGGGUGGGGGGCCACGUGGACUUGGAGGCGCUGCUACAGAGAGAUGAUGAUGCGGACGAGAGGCAGCGCUUUUACGAGGAGGUUUGUGCAUCCGCUCAACAUGCAGGUGCGGGCGUUGCAGGAACGUCGUGUGCUACCACUUCAGAUUUCCAUGAUCGCCUAGGGUCAUCCCAUGGGGGCGACGGAGGCGAGCAGAGCACGUUCGUGGAGCCACCUUCUGCCGCUAGUACAUGUCCUGGCGAUGCCACCGACGGAGUUGAGAAGACGGAGGAGCCGACCACCCAGCGUCUUGGAGAGGAAAGAGAGGAGCACCAAGUGCACUCCGCCACCCCACAAACAACAGUUCACAUUCCUGGGGUCGGGAUAGAGCAGGUGGCGCGUCAGAGUGCAGACCGUCAGAGGGUGACACAGACAGUUGUGCAGACAGCGCAUCAGUCGAUGGCCGGCAGGAUGGAUGACUCCCAUAAUGAGGGGGCAGAUGAGGCCAUACAGCAAGUCCUCUGCCAGAGAGUAGAGCAAAGCGUUGGGAAUAUUGCAGCGGUUGCAGCACGCGAGGGAACUGACCCAAGGGCCGAGGAGGGCGCACAACCACUGGUCGACCAGAGGGCAGAGCAGUUAGUGUGGGAGAAUUGUAGAGUGUCCUUGAGGGUAGAGCAAAGGGUGGAUCAGAGGAUUGAGAGGAGGGUGGACAUGACUGUGCACCAGGUGGUUGAGCAAACGACAUUAGACAGACCACGCCUUAGCGUGGAUGACAGAAUGGGUGAGAGUGUGGUGCAGGAUCGAGGUGGCAUGACUCGAGGCUCUUUCUAUGGGAUCCCACCACUUCCGACGCUUCCCGUACUAGUGCUCGACGGCUUCGAUCCACAGACACGUAGUGUGCCGAAACCAUUCCGCCCCAUUGUUGUUGACAGUGGGUCCACAGGAGUUGGGGGCGUAGUUGACUCAUACUCUACUCUUGGUAGACCUGGGCAGCCUCCACCAUCUCAGCACGUGCACACAUUGCAGGCGUCGAGAGCAGCCUCCUCAUCGACUAUACAGAGAUGUACAGGGAUGCGGUCAUCUUCGACGAGUCACACCCUUGUGAGUAGUCCAUUAGGCAUGCCCCCGCUUCCUGCACGGCGACCAGGUGCUAUCAUGGAUAAUGUAAAGACAAGUCGUGCCGUCAGGAAGAGAAAACUGAGCGAGGAUGACGGUGCCACAACUCCUGUUACCAAAAAGAAGGUGGGUGGCACCAGCAGACCUCGUGGUCGCCCACCAGGAAAAGGCAAGGGCGCAGGGCAGGGCAAAGGUCGUGAGUCAUGCGCUAUGAGCGCUUUAGGUGAUGUGAGGUCCACCCCUUCUCACGUGUCGCAAGCAGUGGGUCCACAAGGGGGCGCUGCUCAUGGUGUACGUACCCGUUCUCGAGCCGCCGGAGACAGCACAUCGAAACACUCUUCUCGCAUUGUAGACGAUGAUCCUGAUGAGGACAAUGAUGCACUUUCAUCAGAUGGUACGUCCGACAGUGAUUAUGAAGAGGAGACACUUCUGAGGGGUGUAGAUGAGGGCGUCUUUGAUGACACCUCAGAGAGCGCAGAUGACGCCGCAGAGUAGCGGGACGAGGGUCACUGAUGAUGAAUGGAUGUGAGUGUGUGCGCUGUCUUUGGGGUAGGUCUGGUGUGGUGAAUGCUAGUGCUUGUCUGAUUGCUUGACAGUUGUCUGGUGCUUUGCUGCGAGGGUGGUGGGAAGAGACAGACAGAGAGAUGACUGGAGAUGCAUUACGUUGCUGUAACCUGUGUCCUGCAUUUGGUUAUGAAUCUCUGAAUCAAACUUUGUGUACUUU